GCGGUGCGACUGGAGGCACCCUAUUAUCCCCAGCUGGCUGGGCUCUGUGGGCUUGCUCCCCGACUAGUGAAAAGGGUUCACCCUCUCCUCUGGCCCCGUGGGGCUGCGAUGAACGAGCCCAGUGAGUCGUCGUUGGAGAAGGCAGGAGAGGGCUCCGCGUCGGACAAGGUGCUCCUCUUUGCUGCUUCUGCCACUCCUAAUCUGGUCCCGCGAGCUGCCCAGACGCCCGACGCAGCCCUAGAAGAGACCGGAGAGGAGGAGAACGGGGAUUCCAAGGAGGCUGCGGCCGGAGACGCUGAGCUCAAGAGCCAGGAAGCAUCAGAUUUAACAGGAACUGGAAGGGAGGACUCAUCAUUACUUCCUCCUACAGCCAAGAAGAUGAAGAUAGAAACUAAAGAAAGGAAAGAGAAAAAGCACAAAGUAGAUGAAGAUGAAAUUCAGAAGAUGCAAAUCCUGGUUUCUUCCUUUUCUGAAGAACAGCUAAACCGUUAUGAAAUGUAUCGUCGAUCAGCAUUCCCUAAAGCUGCUGUUAAACGGCUGAUUCAGUCUAUCACUGGCACCUCAGUAUCUCAGAAUGUCGUCAUUGCUAUGUCAGGCAUUUCUAAGGUGUUUGUUGGGGAAGUAGUAGAAGAAGCUUUGGAUGUGUGUGAGAAAUGGGGAGAGCUGCCACCACUACAGCCUAAACAUAUGCGGGAGGCUGUUCGAAGGCUGAAGUCAAGGGGACAGAUUCCUAACUCAAAGCACAAAAAUGUCAUCUUUCACUAGGUCUAGGGUGCUUCCUAAGUUAUACUACUGAAAACGGAAGGAAUGACUUCCAUUUUUCCUUCCACGGAGGCCUUAUACACUAUUGCUCAGUCAUCCCAGUCCUCUAAGGACACAGUGAUUGGACAACCGCCCCCAUAUCUUCAAGUUCAGAGUUACCUGGUAGAGAAGCGCAGCCACUUUCAGAUUUGUCCCCUACCCCUACCAUUUAAUUCAGGUUGUGAUUGAUGGUAACUUUUACUUGGCUAACUGAAAAGGGGAAGUGUGUUUCGAUAUAGACCCCUUGUACAAAGCAUACAAGAGUGCUAUUUUCAAAUGGGUAAAACUUCUAAGGAUCAAUUUCUUGAUUAAUUUCAAGAGUACCUUAUUUUGCAAGUUUCACAUUGGAACCCCAAACUGUUACCAUCAGGGUUUCACAUCUGAUUUGAAGUUGGUAACAGACCAGAAAUUUCUAACUUGUAAAAAAUCUGAUAGUUCAGUUUACAAUGUUAGCAAAUGGGGGAAUGACAGAAUAGUUUUAUUCCCUUGCAAAAAAACUAAACAUGAUCAUGUGAUUUUUUGGUGUAUGAUCAUUAAACUGUUUUUUACCUUA